AUGGACCUGAGGGAUUUUUACCUGUUGGCUGCUCUGAUUGCCUGUUUAAGACUGGAUUCCGCAAUAGCUCAAGAACUUAUUUACACUAUUAGAGAAGAAUUGCCUGAAAAUGUACCCAUAGGAAACAUACCAAAGGAUCUGAACAUUUCUCACAUCAAUGCUGCCACAGGGACCACCGCCAGCCUUGUCUACAGACUGGUUUCUAAAGCUGGGGAUGCCCCUCUGGUGAAAGUAUCCAGUAGCACUGGGGAAAUUUUCACAACCUCCAAUAGAAUAGACAGAGAAAAACUCUGUGCUGGAGCCUCUUAUGCUGAGGAGAAUGAGUGUUUCUUUGAACUUGAGGUGGUGAUCCUCCCCAAUGAUUUUUUCAGGCUGAUCAAAAUAAAAAUAAUUGUCAAGGAUACCAAUGAUAAUGCCCCCAUGUUUCCAUCUCCUGUCAUCAAUAUUUCCAUCCCAGAAAACACUUUGAUCAACAGCCGCUUUCCAAUUCCAUCAGCAACAGAUCCUGACACAGGCUUCAAUGGUGUACAGCAUUAUGAAUUGUUAAAUGGGCAGAGUGUUUUUGGACUGGAUAUCGUGGAAACUCCGGAAGGAGAAAAGUGGCCGCAAUUGAUUGUUCAGCAAAACUUGGACAGAGAACAGAAAGAUACCUAUGUGAUGAAAAUCAAAGUAGAGGAUGGAGGCACCCCACAAAAGUCCAGCACCGCCAUCCUGCAGGUCACAGUAAGUGAUGUAAAUGACAACAAGCCAGUGUUUAAAGAGGGUCAGGUGGAGGUGCACAUUCCAGAGAAUGCUCCCGUGGGCACCUCUGUAAUUCAGCUCCAUGCCACUGAUGCAGAUAUAGGCAGUAAUGCUGAAAUCCGGUACAUUUUUGGUGCCCAGGUCGCGCCUGCAACCAAAAGACUCUUUGCUUUAAAUAAUACUACUGGGCUGAUUACAGUUCAGAGGUCCUUAGACCGAGAGGAGACGGCUAUUCACAAAGUGACAGUACUGGCUAGUGAUGGCAGCUCUACUCCUGCUAGAGCAACGGUUACCAUCAAUGUCACUGAUGUAAAUGAUAACCCUCCGAACAUAGACCUCAGGUACAUUAUAAGUCCCAUCAAUGGCACCGUGUAUUUGUCUGAGAAAGAUCCUGUCAAUACAAAAAUUGCCCUAAUUACAGUUUCAGAUAAGGACACAGAUGUGAAUGGCAAAGUGAUCUGUUUUAUUGAAAGAGAGGUCCCAUUUCAUUUGAAGGCAGUAUAUGACAACCAAUAUUUGUUAGAGACCUCCUCUUUGUUGGACUAUGAGGGCACCAAAGAAUUCAGCUUUAAAAUCGUUGCCUCUGAUUCUGGGAAGCCCAGUUUAAAUCAGACUGCUCUGGUAAGGGUUAAGCUUGAGGAUGAAAAUGACAACCCACCAAUUUUCAACCAGCCUGUAAUUGAGCUGUCAGUUUCUGAAAACAACCGACGUGGGUUAUACUUAACAACUAUUAGUGCCACAGAUGAAGACAGUGGGAAAAAUGCAGAUAUUGUUUAUCAGCUUGGACCGAAUGCCUCCUUCUUUGAUCUGGACCGAAAGACAGGAGUUUUGACAGCCUCUAGGGUCUUUGACAGAGAAGAACAAGAAAGAUUCAUUUUUACAGUAACUGCCAGGGACAAUGGGACCCCUCCCCUCCAAAGUCAAGCGGCUGUGAUAGUUACUGUUCUGGAUGAGAAUGACAAUAGCCCCAAGUUUACUCAUAAUCAUUUUCAAUUUUUUGUGUCUGAGAAUCUGCCAAAGUAUAGUACUGUGGGGGUAAUCACAGUGACAGAUGCAGAUGCUGGAGAGAAUAAAGCUGUGACUCUUUCCAUUCUAAAUGACAAUGAUAAUUUUGUGUUGGAUCCCUAUUCUGGAGUCAUAAAGUCAAAUGUCUCAUUUGACAGAGAGCAGCAGAGUUCCUACACUUUUGAUGUCAAAGCCACUGAUGGGGGACAACCACCCCGUUCCUCUACUGCAAAAGUAACUAUAAAUGUCAUGGAUGUCAAUGACAAUAGUCCUGUUGUCAUUUCACCACCUUCUAACACUUCUUUUAAGUUGGUGCCUCUCUCAGCCAUUCCUGGCUCAGUGGUAGCAGAAGUUUUUGCAGUGGAUAUUGACACUGGGAUGAACGCUGAACUUAAGUAUACAAUUGUGAGUGGUAACAACAAAGGCUUGUUUCGGAUUGAUCCAGUAACAGGUAACAUCACCCUGGAAGAAAAACCAGCACCAACUGAUGUGGGCUUGCACCGAUUGGUGGUCAACAUAAGUGACUUGGGAUACCCUAAGUCUCUACACACACUUGUGCUUGUUUUCCUUUAUGUUAAUGACUCUGCUGGCAAUGCUUCCUAUAUCUAUGACUUGAUUCGCAGGACUAUGGAGACCCCAUUGGACAGAAACAUAGGGGAUAGCAGCCAACCCUAUCAAAACGAGGACUAUCUGACCAUCAUGAUCGCCAUCGUCGCAGGUGCCAUGGUGGUCAUCGUCGUGAUCUUUGUCACUGUUCUGGUGCGCUGUCGCCAUGCAUCAAGAUUCAAAGCAGCUCAAAGGAGCAAGCAAGGUGCCGAAUGGAUGUCCCCAAACCAGGAGAACAAACAAAACAAGAAAAAGAAAAGGAAGAAAAGAAAAUCUCCCAAGAGCUCUCUUUUGAACUUUGUUACCAUCGAAGAGUCCAAACCCGAUGAUGCAGUUCACGAACCUAUCAAUGGGACAAUAAGCCUGCCGGCUGAGUUGGAGGAGCAAAGCAUAGGAAGAUUUGACUGGGGCCCAGCACCUCCAACCACCUUCAAGCCGAACAGCCCUGACCUGGCCAAGCACUACAAAUCCGCUUCUCCACAGCCUGCUUUCCAUCUUAAACCAGACACUCCGGUUUCGGUGAAAAAGCAUCACGUGAUUCAGGAGCUCCCGUUGGACAACACCUUUGUCGGGGGUUGUGACACCCUUUCCAAACGCUCUUCCACUAGUUCAGAUCACUUCAGUGCCUCAGAGUGCAGUUCCCAAGGAGGCUUCAAGACAAAGGGCCCCUUACACACCAGACAGUGUAACUCACACAACAAAAGUGACAAUAUUCCUGUCACUCCUCAGAAAUGUCCCAGCUCUGCGGGUUUCCAUAUUCAGGAGAAUGAAGAAGGCCAUUACGAGUCGCAGCGCCGGGUUACCUUUCACCUCCCCGACGGCUCCCAGGAAAGCUGCAGUGACAGUGGUCUAGGAGACCACGAGCCGGUGGGUAGUGGAACCCUGAUCUCACACCCUCUUCCUCUGGUUCAGCCACAGGACGAAUUCUAUGACCAGGCCUCUCCAGACAAGAGGACCGAAGCAGAUGGCAACUCUGACCCCAACUCUGAUGGGCCCUUGGGCCCCCGAGGAUUAGCUGAAGCUACAGAGAUGUGCACUCAAGAGUGCUUGGUUUUGGGUCACUCUGACAAUUGCUGGAUGCCUCCUGGCUUGGGUCCAUAUCAACACCCUAAAUCUCCUCUCUCAACCUUUGCACCCCAAAAAGAAUGGAUCAAGAAGGACAAGCUUGUGAAUGGGCACACCCUGACCAGAGCCUGGAAAGAAGAUAGCAACAGGAACCAGUUCAAUGACCGUAAGCAGUAUGUCUCCACUGAAGGCCAUUUCAACAAUGGCAGCCACAUGACAGACAUUCCUUUGGCAAAUCUGAAGUCUUAUAAGCAAGCAGGAGGUGCUAUUGAGAGUCCUAAGGAGCACCAACUCUAA